AUGCUAUACAAGUUCAUCAAUGCUAUCACUGGCCAAAAAACCUCUGACGUUGGACAUAGCUUGGAAUCUCAAACUAGUACGAUCAACGAAUACGAUUUCCAACUCCCCAAUGGUUUAGUUGUGACCCUUGCGGACACACCGGGAUUCAAUGAUUAUACUAGCGACGGUGGGGGGAAGUCUGAUCUUGUCAUUUUGAAGGAAAUCGGUGAAUUCCUGAAAAAGAAAUAUGACGAAAAACGCAAAUUCUCUGGCAUCUUGUAUUUGCACAAUAUCUGCGAACCGAAGAUCGGAAGUUCUUUGCAACGUCAAAUGGCUAUGUUCAAGAAGCUUUGUGGAGAUGAUCCUCUGAAAAACGUCGUUGUCGUUACCACUUUCUGGGAUGAGACCGAGUCGCUGGAAGGAGGAAUACAGACUGAAACAGAACUCAAAACAAAGGACAAGUUUUUCAAGGGACUGGUGGAAGGGGGAUCCAAGACCCGAGAGUUUCAACAACCGCUCUCUAUUGUCAUCGACCUUCUUUCACUUGACCCCGUUUUUGUUGAGAUGCAGAAGGAGCUUGCCCAGGGAAAGGCGGUAGAAGAGACUUCUGCUGCUGUGGAGCUUUACAGAGAACUUCAGGAGCUUAAACGGCAGCAAAAAAGAGACGUGUCCGAGCUGAAUAUGAAGAUAGAGGACAUGAAACUCGCGAAUGCGAGGGACAGAGAGUUGAGGGAGACAUUGGAGGAGAAACAACGUAAUCUGACAGCGGAAAUGGCGCAAAACAACUCAGACUUACGGAAUGCCAUGGUUACGUGGAGGAAACAGGUAGAGACAGAUGCCAAGCGACAGUCUCUCGAGCUGGAAGCUAUUCGUCGUAACGAAUUCAAAGGGGAUUUGGAUCUGCUGAAAGUCAUGCACGAAAAGGAGCUCAUGGAGUGUCAAUUUCAGAUCAGAAGUUUAAUGGACGGCGAUUCCACCGCGGAAUACAGAAGGGAUCAUCUUGAGAAAACAACGGAAGACCUCAAGGCAGUUGUUUGUAGUCUGUCUGUGGCCCUGGAAAAGUUGAAGGAAACACACGAAAAAGAGGUAAUGGAACGAUUGCAAUUCACGGGGGAAGUUAAAAAGCUCCGCGCCAGCGCAGAACGAUGGGCCGAUGAAGAGAAACGACUUUCACGAGGAUGGGAGGAGGCCCGAGUUGCUCUCGACUCACGAGUGAAAUCAGAGCUCACAUGUGCAUUUUCAAUGCAUGGACAAGUGACGGCGGAGUUGAAAGAUAGCCAAGAGACUAAAGAAAAACUAUUGGAGGACCUCGAAGAGGCUCGAUCGAAGGUGAUGCAGCUCAACGAGGAGCUAGCUGUCUCUCGAAAAUUACAGGAAGGGCUGGCAUCCAAACUGUCAAGCCAGUCUCAUGAAAAUGUCUUGGGCUUGGAAACGGCCCAAAAAGCUUUAACUGACACCCACUUGGAAUUAGAAAAUGUCAAGUCCGAGUUGGCUUCUUGCAAACAGCAAAAUGCACAAAUGGGACCUCCGCCCAACAUUAAGCGUUUCGUCAAAGAUAUUGUGGUUGAAUACUUUCCCACCGAGGCGGCGGUGACACCUGGGUAUCUUGAAGAGAAAAAUUAUCUUUCUUCCAACAUUAACGAGGGAUUUGGCGGCUCCCACGUCUAUCUCUACCCUCGGUAUACGUUGCUUUACGAGGAAGCUAUUUCCGGACUCUCACUAAUUGUUCAAGACAACUCAGAUUCGUCCAAGAGUGACUUGGCCAAAGGUGCUGGCGGAAAAUACCGAUACCUCGACAUUGAACGUGGCUCCGAUACCGAUGCUACGAAGAUAUGCGUGUAA